AUGUCAAAGCUGCUCCAUGAAGAUGAAACACCGUUUGUGCUUUCGGAAGAAGUAAAGACGCUAAUGAUGCGGAGGGAAACUCGUAUAUGGAAAGCUUCAUGGGACCGUGUUGCAAUGCUCUUCGAAACGGCAUUCAAGUUCAAGAAAGGGACAGGCAGUAAGGUUCGCAAGCACAACAAGAUACUGUAUCUUGCACUUAUGACCGAUUUUGGUUUUUACUACUUGGAUCCAACUAUGCGUACAGGCCUCAUGCAAGCUCUGUUCAUUGUUGAUGGAAUCUGCCAAAUUCUAUUCUAUAAUAAGAAAGCGCAUGGAGUUGACCAUGAGUUUCUGUUCAAUCCUAUCCCGCCUGCUACGGUGGCUUUUCUGUUCACACUGGCAAACGGAACAUUUUCUAAGCCAGUGAAACAUGUCACGCGGGUUGAUGAAUGGAUUGCCCUUGAUGAGAAGAAAACCAUGACGAUCAUGAAACGAUGGUAUUACCUGGGACAGAAGUAUGCCGGUGUUGGAGGUGUUACUGGUCCAGAGGAUGUCAAAAUGUCCCGAAAGGAUAGAAAGAACGCAGUUGCAGAGCUUCACGCUAUGAAGGUUCCUGACAUGAGUGAAGAUGACGAAGGUGAUGAAGAUGAUGAGGGAAAUGAUGGUGAAGAUGAUGAGGGUAGUGACGAUGAAUACAGGGACAAAAACAACGGCAAAGGUGACUACGGCAACAACAGUGAAGAUGACAACGGCAGCAACAGUGGAGGUGAGAACAGCAAAGAUGAUGAUAACAAUGGUGGCGGCGAGAAUAAAUAUGAGGAUGAGAUCAAUAAUGGUAUGGAGGGAGAUGAUGGUGGUCUGAUUGCGGAAGGUGGUAGCGGUAGAGCUAAUGGCUUCAACGUGGUGAAUCUUACUAAACCGCUGUCGCCGAUCUCACACCCUAGUCCAGAGGAAGAGUAUCCUGAAAGUCACCAUCGGACUCCUGCAGUGCCGUUGAAACUCAUUGAUUUGGACAAACCCGUCAUGAUAUCAAACGAGCCGACUAAUAUGGAAAUAGAGGAUGGGAUGCAAGGGACAGAGCCCGUCAAUGAGAUACCAGACAACAAAAGUCUAUGA